AUGGCCUCCAAUACUAUUACUGUUUCCCUUCCUCAACUCGCAAAAAUGAUCGACCACUCCCUCCUUCAUCCUACGAUGACAGACGCCGAUAUCCUCGCAGGGCUCAAGAUUGCCCGAGAUCACAAAGUAGCUACUGCUUGUGUCAAACCCUACUCUAUUCCUCUCGCCGUGAAAGAAUUGGCCGGGACGGAUGUCCUCGUCUGCCCCGUUAUCGGAUUCCCGCACGGGAACAGCACCACUGAGAUUAAAGUGGCCGAAGCAAUCGCGGCGGUCAAAGCAGGGGGUACUGAGAUUGAUAUGGUUGUCAAUGUUGGUAAAGUCCUUGGCGGCGAUUGGGAGUAUGUGACCGAGGAGAUUCGACGGAUCAACGACGCGGUCAAGGCCAAAGGCGCCCUGCUCAAGGUCAUUUUCGAGAAUGAUUAUUUGAAAGACGACGACAUUGCACGGCUUUGUGAGAUCUGCACAAGGCUGGAUGUUGCGUUUGUCAAGACUUCGACCGGAUACGGAUUCGUGAAGCAGGCGGAUGGGUCGUAUAAUUACAAGGGCGCGACGGUGAGGCAUCUCAGGCUGAUGCGGGAGAAGGCUGGUGAGAAGGUGCAGAUCAAGGCUGCUGGCGGCGUCAGGACCUUGGACGACUUGCUGCACGUCAUGAGCUUGGGUGUCACUCGUAUUGGCGCCACAGCUACCGUGGCUAUUCUGGAAGAGGCGAGGAAGCGCGGCAUUGGAAAUGAGCCAGUUGAAGUAUCCUUCAAGCCGAUGAGCAAUGAUGGGGAAACGGGUGGAUACUAA